AUCUAUUUUUUUUUCUAUCUUCAAGCUUCGCACUCAACACUACACAGACACAAAAUAGCAAUGGAAGAGCUUCAAAAACCUACCCAAAACACAAAUCUAGAACCUUCAAACUCCAACAAUGCCGAAACCUUUUACGAUGAUAUAGACAGUAACUGUUCCACUCCUUACGUGAGCGCUCCUUCGAGUCCAGGUCGCGGCGGACCACCUAUCUCCUCCGGUUACUUCUACAGUGCUCCGGCGAGUCCGUUACAUUUUUCUAUAACCGCUUCUUCCUCUUACCACCACCAAACUACUACAACCUCUUCUGUUCCUCUGAGUUACGAGUUUGAAUUCUCGGCCCGGUUCGGAUCCACCGGUUCAGCCGUUCCCGGCUCAAUGACCUCCGCGGAUGAGUUGUUCCUGAACGGUCAGAUCCGUCCCAUGAAGCUUUCUUCUCACUUGGAACGUCCUCAGGUUCUUGCUCCUUUGCUGGAUCUGGAGGAAGAAGAUGAAGAAGAAAAUGAAGUUGUUCGUGGGAGAGAUCUGAGGCUGAGAGAUAAAUCUGUUAGGAGAAGAACCAGAUCUAUGUCGCCGUUGAGAAGUAACACGCAUUUGGAGUGGACGGAGAACGAGAACAACGAAGAACAACAUCACCAUCAUCAUGAUGAUAAUGAUAAUGAUGAUGAAGCUUGUGAGAUUGAAAACCAGAACAAUGAUAACGGUGAAAUGGAGAAUGUUAAAGUUGAUGAGAUGGGUUUGGAGAGAAUAGAGAUAAUAACACCUCCAGAUUCAGCUUCAUCUUCUAGAUCUUCUUCAGCUGGAAGAAGCUCUAAGAGAUGGGUUUUCUUGAAGGAUUUUCUAAGAAGCAAAAGUGAAGGAAGAAGUAACAACAAGUUCUGGUCAACCAUUUCAUUUUCUCCAAUAAAAGACAAGAAAUCUAACUCUAGCAAUCCAAAUCCACAUCCCCAGAUUUCAAAGGAGAAAACUAGUGAAACACAUAGAAAUGGUUCAGGUUCAUCAAGUAAAGGAAGUUCAUCUUCUUCUACAUCUCAUAGCUGGGCUAAGAAAAUGACGGGAAAGCCCAUGAAUGGCGUUGGGAAGAGACGCGUUCCACCUUCUCCACAUGAGUUACACUAUAAAGCAAACAGAGCACAAGCUGAAGAGUUGAGGAGAAAGACCUUUUUGCCCUACAGACAAGGUUUGCUUGGUUGUUUGGGUUUUAGUUCUAAGGGUUAUGGGGCCAUGAAUGGCUUUGCUAGAGCCUUAAACCCUGUUUCCUCAAGGUGGGGGAUGUUACAGAAUCCGCGUGGUGUGGGGAGCCAAGUAGUUGGGUAAGGUCCCAUAGAAACAGCAAUAGCAUGGAAACAAACACCCAAUCAAUAUAUCACAAUUGAAAGAAAGAUGCUUGUGUUUUUGUUUGCAUCUUUAAAGUUCUCAAGUAUUUGUUGUAUAUAGAAGCAAAUUGCAUGAGAUAGUUGUCGGGAUCAUGGUAAUAAAAAUGAGUUUGCUGGGUCCAAACUCCUAAUAUUAUUGUGUUAUGAUGAUAGAGAUAUGUUUAGGUCUAGGAUAAACAUGUUGGCAAAUCUAUAA